AGUAAGGCCUAAAAGGGAAUUAUUUCCAUUACAAGGUAGGAAGUAGAUGCUCAGGUUUUAACAUUGUGAGGCGUCGACUUCCUGUCAAAUAAUCGAUACUUCGGGUACAAAAUUUAUGGAGAAAAUGUAAACGUAGGUUCAACUCGGUAAGGCAUACAAACUCGGGAUAAGCUGUAGAGUUUCAGGUCAGAAGCUUGCGGGCCUCUACCAAAUUCUCUUUGGCAACCACAGGUUUCACUCAACGACAAAUAUAAAAUAUGUUCCAUGAAUAAGUGCACUGUGCUCUAAGAGAACUAAAGUGGCAAUGCUUGGAGCGGGCUAUUUAUAGCAGCUUUGGGGAGCCUAGUUAGAGCGUUCUGAUUGGGCAAAAGUGAAAUAAAAUAGCCAAUGAAAAAGUAGACCUUUAAAUGUCGUUCACAUUCGCAUUUGUGACGACACACUAAAAUUAAUCCAAUCAUAGACGAAAUCUUACUAACCUCAUUUGAAUACCGCAUCUAUAAAUGAAUGUGGCCUAGCUGGCGGGGUCGGGUGGGGGGGCAGUGUGUUAUUUCACCAAGUAUAAAUUUUAGUGUAGUAAUUCCUCUUUUCAAUCGCUAAAAUGCCUGAACCUAACAAGGUCGCCCCCUCCCCGAAGAAGGACUCCAAGAAGGCGGUGACCAAGGCGCAGAAGGACGGCAAGAAGCGCAAGCGCAGCCGCAAGGAGAGCUACUCGGUCUACGUGUACAAGGUGCUCAAGCAGGUCCACCCGGACACGGGCAUCUCGUCCAAGGCCAUGGGCAUCAUGAACUCCUUCGUCAACGACAUCUUCGAGCGCAUCGCCGGCGAGGCGUCUCGCCUGGCGCAUUACAACAAGCGCUCGACCAUCACGUCGCGGGAGAUCCAGACGGCCGUGCGCCUGCUGCUGCCCGGGGAGCUGGCCAAGCACGCCGUGUCCGAGGGCACCAAGGCCGUCACCAAGUACACCAGCUCCAAAUGAACUUGGGCACAGAUAUGUAUGAAUGCAGAGAAGAAAUUACUUCAUAAAGCCUAGUUACCAGGAAUUGAUUAUUUACCA